AUGAGCGAGACAUGUGAAGAGUGUGGGGAAUCGACGGAAUGGGACCAAGAGCUGGGCUCAGCCGUGUGCACGCACUGCGGGACACUCGCAGAUCCGACGCAGAGCGUGCUCACCUCCCAUCUCGAGCCAACAGAUACCUCAGGAAGGGAGUACUCUUCUUGGAACACAGUGCAGGGGAGCACGUUGAAGGGCAGGAAUGGAUGGGCGCUUUCGGGUCAGAGUAAGGAGGCUCGGGAUAGAAACAAUACGAUUGAGAUCCAUGGAUUCAUACGAUCCGUCGCCACCAGGCUCGGUCACCCCGGUGUGACGUCUCGGGCUCAGGGAAUUUUUGACCGAGCGAUGCUGAAGGGCCAGUACCGGUGGGGCCGCAAAGCGAAGCUCGCCUCAGGGGCGGCAAUUGCGGUUGCUCUGCGCGAAUCCAACAAGAGCGACUCGCUGCGAGACAUAGCGUAUCUCUUGGAGGAGGCCCCGGUGUCGCUUUCCCGGUCGUUUAUGUCCUUGAUAACCCUGCUCAACCUCAAUCUCACAGCGGCAGACCCGAGCGUGCAUCUGCCCAUGCUUCAAUCACAUUUACUAUCUCUCAUACAAGGAUCGUCUACCGUGCUUCAGACCUUGCCGGUGAAGCUGAAGACCCCAUUAACGUCUCUCGUUCCGCAUCUACCUACCGUGCUUGGUGUUGCAACAUCACUCGCGGCGCUCCUCUCCCGCACGAACACCCUCUCGAACGUGCCCACUCCACCGACCGCAUGCGCACUCGCGGAAGCACUCGGCGCACGCCUGGGUGCUGGCAAGGGUGUGGUCAUGCAGCGCUACAAAGUCAUAUAUGAUCUCGUUGAGGAGUGGAUUAAGGAGGUACCGUGGCUGGACGCACAUGAACGGAAGAAGGGCGGCGUAGGGAGGUCGAAGGUUGCCAAGCGUGUCGUCGUGGCUAGGGGCCUGAAGGAUGUCGUGCAGUUUCAGGAGGAGAUAUGGAAGAAGCGGCUGCAAGGGGAGGUUCGUCCAAAGUUGGAACUGCAAAUAUCUCAGGACGAUGAGGAAGGGGAUGUGGAGGACAAGGAGAACGACGCAGAGUUUGAAGCUGGUACGUCAGCUGCACCCCUCCACGUCUCAGACAAAGUAGACGUCAACUCCUCUAUCCCCCGAAAGAAGCGGAAGACACAGCACAACCGGUCCAUCGAGCAAGCUUCGCAGUUCUUACUGAAUCCGCUUACCUCUGGUACGGACGCCUUUUCGUCCUCGAGCGCUGCUUUGGUUUCGUCGUCUUCAGCGCAUCGUGCGGACGAUGGCGUCGACGCGCCAGACCUCAUGACACAUCUGCUCACUGUGGACAGUUCGACCCUUGCGCACGCAUUUGCGAAGGCGCCGACGCGGUUGCAGCUGCUGGCAUCGUCGCGCGGUGGGACCGGAGAGGGGAACAUUGCAGACGAGGAACUGUUCGCUGAGGGUGAAUUGGAGGGGAUUUUUCGGAGUGCAGAGGAAGCAGACAUCAUACGGGUAACGAUGGGCUGGGACGCUGAGGAGGGGGUUGACGAGCCCGCGCAACCAGCACGCAAGAGGAAGAGGGCGCAUUCGGAUUCCGACGAUGAGGGUGCAGCCUCUAUGGAGUUGAACAUUGGUAAGGCCAGGGGCUCGAAGAGAAUCAAUAUGGACGCUCUGGCAAAGCUUUUGGACCCCUCUACUGCUUUAGGCGAAGACUUCGAGAUGUACGAGAAGGAUGACAUGACGACCUUCGCGUUUGCCGAUGGCGGGGAGGUCGUUGAGGAGUGGCGCCCGCUGUCUCCUGGAGGUGGCGGUUUUGACGAAGAACGAUAUGAUAUUUGA